AAUUAUUUUUAUUUGAUUUAUUAUUGCUGUUGGGAAUUGAUUUGUGUCACGACCAAGUCCACCCACAUCUCUGGACAGCGCGCUUUCCAACACUCACAGUCAGCCAUUUUGCAUAGGGCAUCGCGGAUGCUAUUUUUCCCGACCAAAGAAUAUUUGGUUUUUCCAUCAAAAUUCCGUUGAUUUCGAGACGUAAAAUCGAGCAGUGACCGACCGAAUCGGUGGGAGCGUACUAUUGGAAGUGAAAAUUGUCGGUAAAGACCAGGAAUAGACCCCGAACAGACCCACAGACGUCACGCAUUUUCAGAGACACCCAUACGACGAUACGACACGAACCAAUACCAACACACGGAGUCAUAGACUAACUAACACACAUAGAAAAGUGAACGAUCCGCAAGUAAAAGUACUUGGCUUUCGGUACUUUCGACUCGCCUCGAGACCCCAGCACUUCCUCGCGACAGCCGCAUUGGAUUUUUUGGAAAUAUUACGCAAGUAUUAUUUCUGGUCGUACCGUUGGAUAAUCAUGGCUCAGUAAAUAUGAAUCCGCAACGAGAAUACUCUGCCCAACGCACUCCGUGUGGAGACCUAGGCAAGACGCAGUUUGCUGCCUCUUGGCAGCUGCCCAGCACCAGCACCAAUACCAAUACCAGCACCAACACCUCUCAGUUCUACAACCACUACGAUGGACAGCAACAACAGCAACAGCAGCAGCAAGAAGCAGCCUCAAUCCUCCUCUCAUCAUGGCAAGUCCUCGUCUGGUGAAUCGCAAAGGAAGUCCAGUGAAGUACAUGCCAGCAACAGCAAGCAGCGGAAUAACCGCCGACGGGAGCAGCUUCCCACACCACGCAACGAGCAGCAGCAGCAGCGCAGCACCAAGCAGCAGCAGACACAACAACAACAGCAGCCAGCCAAGCUACGUCCCAAUGUGGACAAGCGGCCAAGGGCUCGGGGCGGCGGCGGUGGCUAUGGGGCCAACGAUCCGUUCGCAUCCCGCGGCGAAGACUGGGCUUCAGGCGGCACCCGACUAGCCUACGCCAGUGCCGGCUACCCACGUAGUAGCGGUGACUUUGACCAUGAACUGAACUCUGUGUACGCACAGGGCAGCAAGAAGCAGAAUUUGAACCAUCUGCUCAACUUCCACUGCGUGCCGAGGGAGCUGGAGCGGGGACACCACCAUCAGCAUCAGCAGAACCAUGGCCUGGGCCUGCGCAAGCAGCGCUACAACAAGGAGCAGUUCCUGCAGGCCAACUUCCAGUUUGUGAUUCGCUUGGGGGCCAAGGCCCAGGUGAAUGGCUCGCCGGACGAGCUCAUCGAUUGGAGCUACAUUGAGCAGAUCAACAUCCAGACCACCGAGGAGCUGCAGUGCCCCAUCUGUCUCUAUCCGCCGGUGGCAGCCAAGCUCACCAGAUGCGGCCACGCCUACUGCUGGCCGUGCCUGUUGCACUAUCUCUCGCUGAGCGACAAGACCUGGCGCAAGUGCCCCAUCUGCUAUGAUGCCAUUCACGCUGGCGAUCUAAAGAGCUGCACCAUCGAGCAGCAAAGGGACUUGCAAGUGGGCGACACCAUAACCUUUCAGUUGAUGCGACGUCACAAGGGCUCCAUGUACAUCGAGAAGCACGGAGGAGCUGGAGGGGAGGCCAUCGAACGUUUCCCACUCCUCUCCGCCGGCGAGGAGGCCAAGCGGUACUCCAAGUUCGUAAUAGCCAAAAGAGCAGAUGUGGCCGCCAUUAUCGAGAGGGAGCGUGUGGAACUGCUGGCCGAAUCGGAUGUAUCGUGCCCGGAGGAUGUGUUCAUCCAGCAAGCGCUGGUGACGCUCCAGGAGCGCAGCGAAAAGCUGGGACUCGAGAAGCCUGAUCCCAGAGAGUUGGAGCUGGAGGAGGUGGAGCUUCCACCCCAGGAUCACGAAGCCAAGUUUGAUAUUGAGAAGCCGGACGAUGCCUCCAUCUCGUCGGCGGGCGAGGCAUCGAGCAGCAUAAGCUGCUCCUCGGGCAACACCAGCAGCCACAAGUACUAUUAUUUCUACCAGUCGAACGAUGGCCAGAACAUUUACCUGCACCCGUUGAACGUGAAAAUGCUGCAGGCCUGCUACGGCACCUUGGACUUGGGUCCGCUGCUGAUCGAAGCGCAGAUCGUGCAGAAGGAACAGCACUCCAUGGACGAGGAGCACCGUCGCAAGUUCACCUGUCUGGGUCACUUGCCCCUUACAUGCCAGUUCUCCGUUGUGGAAGUCGAACUGCAUCCACCCAUUGUGUCCGGAGGAAUACUCAAGCUCUUCAGGGAGGAUCUCCUGCAUCGAAAAAAGGAGCGCCAACGUCGGGAUCGCGAGGAGCGCAAGCGAGAGCAGCACAUCAACGAGAUCAAUGACCGCCAGAUGGGCAAACUUAUAGCCAGUGCAGCCAACCUGGACCUAAGCUCCUCCCAUGAGUUUCCCACGUGCGGCUUCGAGGAGGCCUUGCCCUCGCCCAGUGGCUCCUUGCCUAUGGCCAUUAGCCAGGAGAGUGGCUCCCGCUACUCGAGCGUGACUCUGGCCAGUCCCAAGCAGGAUAUGUGGCCCACCAUUGGCAGUGGUUCGCCAGGCAGUGCUGCCGGAUCCCUGGACUUCCAGGUGGGCGCCUGGGGUCGUUCGGCACCACCGCCGCCGCCACCGCGAACUACUCCAAACCCGAAGCAACCCAGCAGCGAGGAUGAUUACGAACAGCGAUCUGCUGUUGGCCAUUGGGGACUGGGGGAGCUAUUGGUCGGAGCCUUGGAUCAGAAGAAGAAGACGGGCGGCGGAGCUGCUCAGACAGAGUCAAAGAAACAGAAGAAGGCCAAGGGCAAGAAAAUGGUGCCGCUGUUUGCCACGGGCAUGAACAGGGCUCCAUGAAGAGGAUCAUGGUCAAUCGAUUGUGUUUUUUUUUUAUAUGCGAAUACUUCAACGUUAUUUCAAAUAACCACGAAAAGCGGAUUUGAUUUCCUUGAACUAAACUAUUAUUUAACCCCACUUGUAUUCACAUUACACAUAUAUGCAUAGCUAUUUGAAAGGUAAUCCAAUAAAGGCAGCAAGCAAGGAA